UUCCUUGUGGAGGGAUUUUCUGUUCUCAUUACCUUUUAGUGGUCCACAUGAAUUUUUUCAAAUGCAAAGAUUAUCCUUAGUCAAACCACCUACUAUUUAAUUACAAAAUGCUGAUGGCCGCUGCAUCUGAGAGGCAAGAAAAUGCAGAAAAAGUAACUGAAAGAGAAUUUGCAAGUGAACAUGGCUUCCUAUGAAGUCCAGUGUUGCAUUUACAGCCAUGGCUUGGGAAAUUCCCACCAACUUCUGCAGAAUUCCCACUAGAGAGCCCAGAUUUAUCAACCACUGCCAGGGAAAGGGAAAAGGAGCUUCGGGUGGGGGGUGUGGUGGGGGAACUGACAGAGGAUUCGUUGCCCCAGGCCCUGCCUUCAGUUUCAAAGGGUCUCCAGUAGCCUCAAGGAGUUUCAUAAAAUUGAUCCUCUUCAGUUCUCCUAUAUCCUUCCCUCAGAAUCACCCAUUAAGACUCUCUGAGCCUCAGAGUCUCAUUCAGAGAGUCUUUGGGACACUCAGUAUUUAAUCAGUUUAAAACUUCCUCCCCCUUUGAGAGGAUCCUUCUCAAAUUCCCAAACAGAAGUCUCUAGGGGUGUCAUUUUCUGGGGUGGGUGAGAGAGGGAUCUGAAUCAGUACUGGGCUGUGAACACUGAAAUAUUUUGCCCCAGACUUACAUUAGAUGGGCAAAAGAAGGAGGGUAGUUUUAACUCUGCUGUUUUCUCCCAGCGAUGUGGGGAGUGCCAUUAGUUGUUGAGAGGGGGCCUUGUCAAGGAGGGAAACCUGUGCUACAGGAAAGGGCAGUCCCUCUGCAACAAAAUCAGAAAGCCUUUGGCAAAGGCAAUCAAUCAGGCCAUAAGCAGCGAUUUACCCCCUUUCUUUCCGGGGCUGGAGGUGGGCUGGGAGCCCUCCAAGGGUGCCGGGCAACUUGUAGAGCGAGGAAUAUGCCCUCCCCCGCCGCUGUCGCCCGCGCCGCUUUUGUCUCGGCUCCCAGCCGGGCUUCAGAGGCUUUGUACCAUGGAUUUGGGAGUGACAAUGGGCAUUUCCUUCAGAUUCAAGGCUGCCCAGCUCUUACCUCUGAAGUCAAGGGGGAAAAAUUGCAAAGGGAGUGGCCCUAGGACCUGGCCACUGGGAUUUUUCAGACAUCUUGGGAAUCCACUUGGAGGCCUCCAGGGCGCAGGAGUGCAGCGGUCCUGAGGGUGGAGAGGAAGGGCCCGGCCGGCGGGGUGGCAGCCGUGCUGUAGCAUUGGGGUUCUCGCCUCUGUGACGUGUUCUCUUCCAGGGCCGCCCAGCAGCCCGGAGAAGACGAGGCCCCCAGGCCACUGCCUGCGCCAGCCGCGCGCCCUCGACCGCCCACCGGCCCUGCAGGGCAGACGGCCGCCUCCGCCGCGCCCCGCCGGCCCUGCCCGAGAGCCAAGCUCCUGGUCCCCUUGGGCUGCCGCGAGUGCCCAGUCUCACGUCGAGGGUGUGUGGCUGCGCGGGCGUGUGUGAGUGUGCGGGGGGAGGGGGCCCUCCGAGCUGCUCCAUCCGUCCGUUUUAUUAGGGACACAUUAAUCUAUAAUCAAAUACACCUCAUAAAAUUUUUAUUGAAAGGCAUAAUAUCAUUACAGAGGUCUUCCACCUGUUUUAAACAACACGCCAAGCUGUGAGAGAGCGCGUGCCAGGGGAUGUGUGGGGAGGGGCGGUUUCGGGAUGGGAGCGGGCGAGGGGACCAGAGCUGCCCGUGGGCGCCAGGGGCCGCCCCCACGCCGCCCGCCCGCCCGCCCGCCCGCCCGCCUCGGGUGGCCCGUCCCGCGCGCGCCUGCGGCUGCCGGCUCCCAGCGGCGUCCGAUGCGCCGAGCUGGGAGCCCGCGCGGGGCCGAGACUGCAGGACCAGGGAGCCAGCAGGAGACGAACAAAUAGUCCCAGCGCCUCCUCGGCUGCCGCGGGCCUGCGGUCCCAGCCGCUGCCGGGCGGGGCGGGGCGGGCCGGGCCGGGCCGGGCCGCGCGGGCUCCCGGCCUGGGCCUGCGGCUCUAAUUGCGGCGCUUGUGUUGAUGAUUUUUUUUUUAAUCGCAGCAGCCCCCAGUUUAGCGGACUGAUUUACUCCCGGUAUUGGUAAAUAUGAUCACGUGGGCCGCGCGACCAAUGGUGGAGGCUGCAGCCUGCGAACUAGUCGGCGGCUCGGGCGCCGGCGGGGAGCGGCGCGGCGGCGGGCAGUGUAACCUUGGGUGGGAGCGCGCGGCGCCUCAAAAUGUCCUCCAGUGGCACCCUCAGCAACUACUACGUGGACUCGCUCAUAGGCCAUGAGGGCGACGAGGUCUUCGCCGCGCGCUUCGGGCCUCCGGGGCCGGGCGCGCAGGGCCGGCCUGCAGGUGUGGCCGAUGGCUCGGCCACCGCCGCCGCCGAGUUCACCUCGUGUAGUUUUGCCCCCAAAUCGGCCGUGUUCUCCGCCUCGUGGUCCGCGGUGCCCGCCCAGCCCCCGGCGGCGGCGGCGAUGAGCGGCCUCUACCACCCGUACGUGCCCCCGCCGCCCCUGGCCGCCGCCGCCUCCGAGCCCGGCCGCUACGUGCGCUCCUGGAUGGAGCCGCUGCCCGGCUUCCCCGGGGGCGCGAGCGGCGGCGGCGGCGGCGGAGGAGGUGGAGGAGGAGGCGGCGGCCCGGGCCCCGGUCCCAGCCCUGGCCCCGGAGGCCCAGCCAACGGGCGCCACUACGGGAUUAAGCCUGAAACCGGAGCGGCCCCGGCCCCCGCCGCAGCCUCCACCUCCACCUCCUCUUCUACUUCCUCGUCCUCCUCCUCCAAACGGACUGAGUGUUCUGCGGCCCGAGAGUCCCAGGGGAGCGGCGGCACCGAGUUCUCGUGCACCUCGUUCCUGCGGGACAAGGCAGCCGCGGCGGCAGGGGGAACCGGGCCCGGGGCGGGGAUUCGGGCCGGGCCUGGAGCAGGCGGCUCUUCGGAGCCCUCGGCUUGCAGCGAUCACCCGAGCCCAGGCUGCCCGCUGAAGGAGGAGGAGAAGCAGCAUCCGCAGGCUCCGCAGCAGCAACUUGACCCAAACAACCCCGCGGCGAACUGGAUCCACGCUCGCUCCACCCGGAAAAAGCGCUGUCCCUACACCAAAUACCAGACGCUUGAGCUGGAGAAGGAAUUUCUCUUCAACAUGUACCUCACCCGGGACCGGCGCUACGAGGUGGCCAGGAUUUUGAACCUCACAGAGAGACAGGUCAAAAUAUGGUUCCAGAACCGUAGGAUGAAAAUGAAAAAGAUGAGCAAGGAGAAAUGCCCGAAAGGAGAUUGACCCAGCGCAGUACCCGCAGGAGCGCCCAGAGGCAGCGGGGAUUUUUCUUUGUGGGUGCUUGAUUUCCAGAAACUCUCCAGCGACUCAGACUUUGUUUUUCUUUAUUAGGUAGAAGUGACUGUGUGGUUGGUCUCUGUGAGGUAUUUGGGGGACUCUGUAUUUGCUCGCUUAUGUGUUGAAGAAACCAAGUGACUUCGGGGUUCGCCUGUCCCACGCCCUUUCCUGCUCCGUGGAUUCCUUAGGAAAUGCUAUAUUUUGUGAGUGCACGCUGGCUUAAGGAGCCCUCUCCUGUGUAAAUGUCUCCCAUGUUUCCAAAAUGUGCUGUAGCUUAGUCCCCCAGCCCUCAGCGCUGCCCCAACAGGGCCAGGCGGAACCCCAAUUCUGGGAUUCUGAAUGCAGAGGGACAUUGUGGACGCCUCUGCUGCUUGUCCAGGUGGAAGCCCAGCCCGGUGGGCCACGGGUUUCAAAAGCCCCCUUUCCUCAGGGAUCCCGCAGGCCUUCCACUGAGACCACGAAUGAGGCCUAGGAGGAGCCCAGGGCCUCGGGUGGGUGGUGGUUUGUCCUGAGUGCUUUGGAGGAGCUGCUUUCUCCCCCCCCCCCCCCGGGAGGGCUGGGAUCCUGUGGGCAGCCUGGUGCUGGCCUUCCCGGUACCUGCCCAAGGACCAGUUGUAAAUGUUACCGCUUCCUACCAAUAAAUGCUGAUCUGAUCAAAUGGA